GAUCAGGGUGGUUGUCUGUGCAGUUACUGUGGUGAUCAGGGUGGAUGUCUGUGCAGUUACUGUGGUGAUCAGGGUGGAUGUCUGUACCAUUGCUAUGGUGAUCAGGGUGGAUGUCUGUGCAGUUGCUAUGAUGAUCAGGUUGGUUGUCUGUGCAAUUGCUAUGGUGAUCAGGGUGGAUGUCUGUGCAGUUACUAUGGUGAUCAGGGUGGUUGUCUGUGCAGUUACUGUGGUGAUCAGGGUGGUUGUCUGUACCAUUGCUAUGGUGAAUAGGGUGGAUGUCUGUGCAGUUACUGUGGUGAUCAGGAUGGAUGUCUGUACCAUUGCUAUGGUGAUUAGGGUGGAUGUCUGUGCAGUUACUAUGGUGAUCAGGGUGGUUGUCUGUGCAGUUGCUAUGGUGAAUAGGGUGGAUGUCUGUGCAGUUACUGUGGUGAUCAGGGUGGAUGUCUGUACCAUUGCUAUGGUGAUUAGGGUGGAUGUCUGUGCAGUUACUAUGGUGAUCAGGGUGGUUGUCUGUACCAUUGCUAUGGUGAAUAGGGUGGAUGUCUGUGCAGUUACUGUGGUGAUCAGGGUGGAUGUCUGUGCAGUUACUGUGGUGAUCAGGGUGGAUGUCUGUGCAGUUACUGUGGUGAUCAGGGUGGAUGUCUGUGCAGUUACUGUGGUGAUCAGGGUGGAUGUCUGUGCAGUUACUGUGGUGAUCAGGGUGGAUGUCUGUGCAGUUACUGUGGUGAUCAGGGUGGAUGUCUGUGCAGUUACUGUGGUGAUCAGGGUGGAUGUCUGUGCAGUUACUGUGGUGAUCAGGGUGGAUGUCUGUGCAGUUACUGUGGUGAUCAGGGUGGAUGUCUGUGCAGUUACUGUGGUGAUCAGGGUGGAUGUCUGUGCAGUUACUGUGGUGAUCAGGGUGGAUGUCUGUGCAGUUACUGUGGUGAUCAGGGUGGAUGUCUGUGCAGUUACUGUGGUGAUCAGGGUGGAUGUCUGUACCAUUGCUAUGGUGAUCAGGGUGGAUGUCUGUACCAUUGCUAUGGUGAUUAGGGUGGAUGUCUGUGCAGUUACUAUGGUGAUCAGGGUGGUUGUCUGUGCAGUUACUAUGGUGAUCAGGGUGGUUGUCUGUGCAGUUACUAUGGUGAUCAGGGUGGUUGUCUGUGCAGUUACUAUGGUGAUCAGGGUGGUUGUCUGUGCAGUUACUAUGGUGAUCAGGGUGGUUGUCUGUGCAGUUACUAUGGUGAUCAGGGUGGUUGUCUGUGCAGUUACUAUGGUGAUCAGGGUGGUUGUCUGUGCAGUUACUAUGGUGAUCAGGGUGGUUGUCUGUGCAGUUACUAUGGUGAUCAGGGUGGUUGUCUGUGCAGUUACUAUGGUGAUCAGGGUGGUUGUCUGUGCAGUUACUAUGGUGAUCAGGGUGGUUGUCUGUGCAGUUACUAUGGUGAUCAGGGUGGUUGUCUGUGCAGUUACUAUGGUGAUUAGGGUGGAUGUCUGUGCAGUUACUGUGUUGCUAUGGUGAUUAGGGUGAAUGUCUGUGCAGUUACUGUGGUGAUCAGGGUGGAUGUCUGUGCAGUUACUAUGGUGAUCAGGGUGGUUGUCUGUGCAGUUACUAUGGUGCUAUGGUGAUCAGGGUGGAUGUGUGUGCAGUUACUAUGGUGAUUAGGGUGGAAGUCUGUGCAGUUACUAUGGUGAUCAGGGUGGUUGUCUGUGCCGUUGCUAUGGUGAUUAGGGUGGAUGUCUGUGCAGUUACUAUGGUUCUCAGGGUGGUUGUCUGUGCCAUUGCUAUGGUGAUCUGGGUGGUUGUCUGUGAUCUGAGUGGUUGUCUGUGCAGUUGCUAUGUAAUUGUGAA